GUACAUUUGUCCACUAAAGAUAAAGAAUUUGUUGAUAAAGGUUUAAGAAAUCAGUCAUGAAAACCUUACACAUUUUUAUUCUUUACCUUUCGUUUUACUGUUUGGAUGUAAAAGCUAUUGACUGCCCAGCAGGAUGGGUCGACCACGACACAAGCUGUUACCAUUUUAGUCAUGACACGGAACCUUGGAUGCUCGCACAGAUGGUAUGUGAAGGACUUGGUGGCCAUCUGCCAGAAAUUGAAACAGCUUUGGAAGAUCACUUUUUGAGUAAUGAAGUGAAAAAAUUGACAGGUCCGUAUUUCUGGAUCGGAGGAAGUGAUCUUUCCGUUGAAGGCGAAUGGAAAUGGUGGACAACAAAAGAAGCGCUAAGUUACACGAACUGGCUACCAUCAGAGCCUUCAAAUGGUGCGGGAAACGAAAACUGCAUGUCGUUAAAACGGAUAAGCAAUGGUACAGUAGGAUGGAAUGAUUACCGAUGUUCCGUAGCAACGUAUUACAUUUGUGAAAAACAAGCGGAACAGACGGAUAUUGUUGGAUAACUGUCUAAUAUUGCUGCUGAAAUAGAAUAAAUUAUUUUCAGAAAAAAAG